AUGAGAGAUCGGCCCGUCAUCAGCAUUGAGAAUUACACCAUAUACUGCGGCGAUGCUGACGAGAACAAACCAGCAGGUGGUCAUUGUCGACGGAGUCGACGCGAAGAAGAUGCGAAGAUGGGAUUCGAGAAACAAUCCGAUGUACUAAGAAAAUGGUAUUAUCCAGUGGAGCGCACGUCGGACAACGGGGUCAACCUUUUAAUGCCUGAAGAGCAGCGCAAGCGGAAGAUGAGGACUCUUAAACUUCAGCUCGACUACGUUCUGGCGAGGAACAUUCCUCAGUCAGAUAUCCCGAAAUACAGAGUUGUUUGGGACGUCGCGUUCGACUCUGACCACCGUCCAGUUCUUCUCAGCUUCAAGAUACGGUUCCAAAAGAGAAACCGAGGAGUUCCUCUUCAACCGAAAAUCGACAUGGCAGGUCUGAAAGACGAUGAAUGA